AGGUGAGAGACGCGGGUUGAAGACUGGAGCGUCGUUUCGCGACUGGCUGGAGGGAGGAGGGCUUGAUGCAUUGCCUGGACUUCAGAUUUUGACCUGCUCCCCUUAAGGAGUUGAGAUCCACCGGCUAGGUCCUGACCAUCUCCCAAACUGUAGAAGCUAAAUUCCCCCUCCCCCGCGUUCCCCUCCUGGAUUCUUUGGCCUCAGCUCUUCCCGCUGCAGCCCCCACAGCAUGCAACCUCAGGAGAGCGGUGUCCACUACAGCAGGUGGGACGACAGCAGCAGCCGGGAUGAAGUCAGCAUGGCAGCCGUGUCCAGCUCAGAGGAGGCCUCCAACUGUGAGAGGGUCUCCCGGAAGCUGUGCACUGGCAAACUGGGGAUCGCUAUGAAGGUGCUUGGUGGAGUGGCUCUCUUCUGGGUCAUCUUCAUCCUGGGCUACGUCACUGGCUACUAUGUGCACAAGUGCAAAUAAGUGCUACCUGGCAUGCACAUCUGGGACUGGCCACAGACAUGGGGGUCCAGGCUAGGAGGGACACCCCUAUGAACAUGGAACCCCUCCAUAUACACAGACCCCCUACCUAGGACACCCCUCUACAGACAGACCCCCUCCUACAUAAUGGACCCCAGAGGCAGAUAGCACACAGGUCACGCAUGUUGUCCUAUGAAGACACCAGUCUGCACAGGCCCCACAUGAGGGUGCUCCUAGCACACAAGUCCUUUGAAGGAUCACAAGACAAAUUGGCACACACAACCACAGGGACACACUUGGCAAAGAGACUCGAGCUAGCAUCAGCAAUAGCUGCAGGACACAGCUAGCCCUUGCACACCAGGCCACUGUCCUCCCCCCAGCCCAGGCCUUCCUUGUCGAGGCAGCAUGAGGGUUGCCCUUUGCAGACCAUGCAAGCCCACCUUCCCUGGCAACCCCAAGAUGGCUCUUCCCUGCAGGUUUCCUCCCUGUAGGGACACUGCAGAGCUGUGUGGCCCUGGGUUGGCCCUUGCCCUUUCUGGGCCUUUCUCACUUCUGAUAUACAAACAUAGCUGUGACAAGGGCUGUUUAUCCCCCUCCACCCACUCACUCACCUUCUGCAGGAGAUUGAACCCAACCCUGGAUGUUUCCUGAGCAGAGUGGGGACAGAGGCCUUAGCUCCUGGCCUGGGCCCAGACCUGCCACCAAGUCUUCCUUGCAGGGGCAAUGGAAAGGACAGAGCUGAGUUGGUCCUGGAGCCGGCCACCUGCUCCCUGCCCCAGGGAAAGCCUGACUGUCCAAGUGCUUCUUGUGGGCUGAGAGUCUGCACGGAGGCAUCAUUAAAUGCGUUAACAGUGGA